UAUCACAAAAAGACUGUUAUAUUACUUAAGCUUGAUGUGGUUUAGAUAACUAGGCCAAAACAAAAUAAUCAAUAAAACAAAGACCAUGAAUUUUAAUGGGCCUUUUGUUUUCUUCUAUUCUUUGAGGGUAUUGAACCGAGUCCCUAAUGAUGUUAGACCAGGUUUUCAGACCGAGUGUAGAAUGAAGCGGAACCCACCUCCAACGAUAGUCAUUUUCUAGAAGAAAAAUAUUUUAGUAUAGCUGCAGGAAGUUACCAUUCAAUACAUAAACGUGGCUGACUCAAUUGAGAGUGCAUCAAGAUGAUACAGUAUGAUGGCAUAAACAGCAGCUGCUAUCUAGCUGCAGCAACAUCACAGGCCAAUAUCUGUAUGGGGGAAGAUAACACGCUGGAUUAUCAACAAGAAAUGGAGGAACAUAAGGAAAAAUAGUGCAUAUUUCGUCAAUUUCUGUGGACGCAAUGAGAUAAAAAAAAACACAAAGGAUUAAAACAUUUAAAAAGGCAACUCUUUUGGGCCUAAGCGUUUGCACGGCCGAUGGCAUGAGUGAAGGGACGCUAGUUCGUAAGAGGGAAAUGCCAACUUCUCCACUUUGACCUUUGAUCUAACUCAUCCACCAACAGAAGACCAUUACGGAACGCAAGUAUUUUUCAUUGUCAAUAAUAUUCAACUAUUGUUUCCACAGUUGUAAAUCCGUAUACAUAUUAUCAUUAUUAAGUAUCAACAUGACUAAAAUAUUUAACAUAACAAAUAAUAGCAGACGAAGGUUGGGCCGUAACGGCCUUCCAAAAGCCACUGCCCUUAUAAAUCAUUCUCCUCUCCUCCAACCCUUGUAUAGCAGUCUCCGCCUCCUUCUUUGUUCUCUCUCUCCCUCUCUCUCUGUGAAUAAUAAAAAAAAAACUUAAAAUGGCUACAGUGCGAGUCUCUUCCACUAGCAUGACUAAGGCGGUUCGUAGAAGCCAACCAACCAACAAGCUCACCACUAACAAGAGCCAGCAUGUCUCCGUUGGAUCAGUCAAUAAAGUCUCCAGAUCCUUUGGCUUGAAAUGCUCAGCUUAUUCUGGUGCAACAAUGUCAGCAGUAUACAAAGUCAAGCUCAUUGGACCCGACGGACAAGAAAACGAGUUUGAUGUUCAAGACGACCAGUACAUAUUGGAUGCGGCUGAAGAAGCAGGAGUUGACUUGCCUUACUCUUGCAGAGCUGGUGCGUGUUCCACCUGCGCUGGUAAUAUCGAGAGAGGCCAAGUUGACCAGUCUGAUGGUUCGUUUCUUGAGGAUGAUCACAUGGAGAAAGGUUAUGUCUUGACUUGUGUGGCUUACCCGCAGUCUGACUGUGUGAUCCAUACCCACAAGGAAACUGAACUCUUCUAAGUCUUUUGUAAUCAUACAAAUUGUUUAUUUUGAGUUAUUAUUAUCAGUCUUUAUGUGUGAUUUUAUGUUGUGGCAUUUGUAUGAUAAUGGCUCAGGAUUUGCCUUUUAGUGUUACCGGGUUGCAACUGGUUAAUAAAACGGUGUCAACCAAUCAAUAUGGUUUUUAA